GUUUGCUGGCUUGCUGCAGAUUUCGAAGGGAAACGAAACGUAAAUCUAUAAUGAAGUUCAUUUUAAAAAUAUUAUUACUGAUAAUCCAAACUGGUGGUGUAGUACUAAUAUUAUUAUUAAGUGAAAUUGAUAAUGAAACUUGCUGGAUAUUGCCCUGUAUUUUAUUGCUAUGUUCUCUUCGUUGGUGGCCAAAUUAUGUAACCGGAAAAAGUGACAUAGGAUUUAUUAGAUAUCUCAACAGUGUUAAAGAAAGAUUAAAACUAUGCCGAGGGUACGAACAAGGAAUAACAGCUAUACUCAGAAUUUUAAUUUUUUUCAGUGCCUCAAUUUUAAUUAUUUACCACAAAAAUAUAAACAUUAAUACAUAUUUAAGUUGCUUCCCAGGAAGAAUAGAAUACAACAUUAUUUUUACCAGCUUAAUUAAUAAUAGAAGUGAUUUUCCUCAAAAUAAUACAAUCGAAGAAACAGCAGCAUUCAUUACAGUUGAUUCAUCAACGCUGUUAGUAGUUUUAUUCAGUCAUGCUUUAUCAUCUUUUAUCCUAUACUCUGCAGGGAAAUUUGCUGUAAAAACCCUAAUGCACCGCUUUGGAUUCGCUCUUCCUAUGAGCUUAGUGACCUCUGUAAGCUUCAUUGUUAUGAUCAUUGUCUGUAUUUUACGUGAAAACAAUCCAUGUGCCUUUCAUGGAUUUAUUGGAGAUUAUUUAUUUUUCACAAACCCAAAAAUUAACGUUACGGCAGCUUCAUUUUUACAGUGGCAAUGCUUACUAUGGUUAUUGAUAUUGUUGUCUCAAGUAUCGACUACCUUGCAUAUAUGGACCAGCUAUUGUGAAAGAUUAGCUACGACUCAUCGAAUUUUUGCCCUGCCAUUUUAUGAUUCUUUAAUCAUCGAC